UUAUCCUUUUGAUCUACAGACAUGUUAUAUUUUUCUGGGUAUACCAACAUAUAAACCUCAAGAUACAAAAAUAAAAGAAAUUCUUUGCGGUAAAGAAAAUGAUACUACCAACUAUCAAUGGGAUAUCACAUUGUAUUGUAACGUAGAUAGCGCGAACAAACACUACAACUACGUAGAUGUUACGAUGUACUUAUAUCGUAAAUUGAAUGCAGGUAUCAUCGCUAUGUUGAUUCCAACAAUGACGAUAACUAUUUUGACUAUCUUCGUUUUCGUUCUACCACCAGAAUCUGGUGAGAAAGUUUCUUUAGGUACGACGUUGUUUUUAUCAAAUAUUUUGUACCUUGUAGAAGUCGAGAAGACCAUACCGAAAAAUUCAAAAAGACUCUCGCUUUUUGUUUUAUAUUUAAUGGUAUUAUCAUUGCUAAGUGGUAUCGCUACAAUUGGUUCGGUAGUUAUAAGCAAGUUAUAUGUAAAGCAGUCGUCUGAUAAUAUCAAAUUGAACACAUCGCAUCAAACAAACAUGUCGUCACGCAUUAACCAAAUUGCAGAUAUUUCAAUAGUAUCUAAGGAAGAAUCGAAUCCUGUACAUAAAAAGGACAUGCCAGGAAAAAAAAUGAAAAAAUAUACUUUCCAUUACAACCGAGUUGAUGACAUAUGUCUAAAAUUUAUCAUUAUAAUAUCGGCAUUAGUUUCAAUUACCUUUAUUUGUCUUUCAUAAUUUUAAAAUUAUAAUAUUAUCCAUCAUUCUUUCUCGAAAAUCACAUCUAAUACUCUAG